AUGGGCGUAGUCAACGUAGUUCCCGGCUACAAAUGGGCGCAGAUGACGUUAAAAUCAGUCAUCAAAAUGCAUGUCGCCAAAAACGCCGGCAUGGCCGCUCUCAGGCUUCUCUCUGCUUCUCGUUUUGAAAAAUCGAAAAGAAUCUGGAGUGAUCUGGAGAUUGGCGACUUUUGAAGGAAGUUCAUGCAUGCAAUGACCGUUAGAAGAGACACAAGAAAAAGAAAACGGUGUGUCGCCGGUCCUACUUUAAAUCUGCACUUAGAUCAAGUGCAAGGAUGUAUAUCGAUGAUAACGCGGAAAUCGUGCCGCGAGACUUCAUCGUGUGCGAAUUCUAUGGAGUGGAGACUUGCUUCUGCUGGAAUGUCAACCACUCAAAGCUCGUAAUGUUUCCGUACAUGGCGGAUGACAGCUCGGCGCGCAACGUCCGAGUAUUCACGACGCCAGCUCCUGUCAGGCAAGUCCAGUGCUUCGACGGCAGAGUUUUUGUUCUCUGCGCUCCGCGAGGUGUCUACAAACUGGCGCGCGGCGGUGUAUUUGCCGUGUUGAGUAAGAACGCCCUGGGAAUGGGCGCUGAGUUCUACGAGGUGCUCGUCCCCAAGGAGAAUCACAUCAAACUCUCCAACAAACAGAGUAAAGACUCCAGAUCGUUGUUCAAAUAUCCCACUGCGUCGAACACGACCGAAGAGGUGCAUUCCCUUCCUCUGAUCCCUGCAAACACUGAGGAGCGGUUCCUUGAAUGUUUCACGGAUGACCAGCAAGAGAAGAGAAAUAUUUGUGUGAUUGGAUAUGGUAGAAAGUUGUUCGUUUGGACUGGAAAUAGUGUACAUUUGAUUUAUGCCGAUAUAGCUGGUAUUAUUUCGCGUAUCAUGCCUGUUAUGCGAGGAAACAAGAUAGCUGGCGUACUACUCCUUGUUAAUAUGGACACAGUGAUUCUGAUGCACAGUAGAGAUUGUAACCUGGUCUUUCAGAAGAUAUGGCUGGGAAGAAACAUUAGGUGCACCUCUACACUUUGCGCCAGUUUCUGUACAGAGUCUGAGGAUAUCUUAUGGAUUGUGUACUGUGAUCUGUCUAAACUGUAUUAUAUGAGAAAGGAGCUCUCCACAGAUAAUGUUGAAGAGGCAAAAAUAGAACAAAAGACAUUUACAUGUAUGCAAUAUUAUAAAUCAAAUAUAAUUUUAGGCUUGUUAGAUAAUAGAGAAUUAAUUGAACUUUCCGUGGAGACACUGAAGAAUUCUCUGUCAAUUAACAACAGCGUUGAACUUCGUGCUGAUAUGUUCCAAAAUACAAACCUCAUUAUGGAAAGGAUUUGUGAUAAAGUGAAAGAAUUAGAUAAACUGUAUGAGAAGUUGACAGACGAACAAGAUAAAUUAAGGAAAAUAAAUAUGUAUGCUUAUAAUAAAAAACUAGAAGCAAAUCCUCAAAUUGAGAUAUGUAGGUUAUGGAAUUGUACUUAUCUUACUUUAAAUAUACCUGAGAAAUUGCCAAAGAAUAGCUAUGUAGUGUUCACUCUUAACAUUGAUUAUCAAAGUACAUUCUGUAUGAAGAAAGUGACAGAAACAACAUUUACGGUAAAAAUGCCUGUGAAUGAAAGAAAAGCACUAUGUUCUUCGACUGUUAACAUGGAUAUGAUUACAUUAGUGAAUAAAGAAAUUCCAUGGUGUAUCAUACAAAACUUUAUAACUUGUCCACCACAAAAGGAAGCAAGAAAAAGGUCAAAAAAGGAGCAAGAUAAGAUAGAUUUUAUAGAAACUAAAAUAGCAUUAUUGCGAAGUUUAAUAGAAAAAGGUUUGGAUAUGACUAAAUUGAGUGAAAUUAAAAAAACGGUACGAAAAAAAUUAAAAUCUUGAUAAAGAUAAUUGCAAAUUAAGUCACGUGAUAUAUCAUAAAUCUAUAAAACAUAUUUAUCACUUAUUUUCUACAUUGUAUCGGAUAAUUAAUUUCUCUCUGGUUUCAUAUUGAAGUUUCAUCCCUUUAGAGUUAUAUAAUAUUCUGUUGUGUCACUUUGAGAUAUACAGUAUACUAAUUAUA